AUGCGAAAACCACCACCACAGGAACGACGGUUCUUCGCCCAACCGCUGUCAGAAAAGUCGAAAGCCCCAUACAUAGCAGCGCGGAACGCAGGCUACAAACCCGCCAGCUCGUACGGAGCCGACGGCAAAUUCACAGACCCGCGCGAAGCCAUCAGCAUCAACAAAUGGCCUACAUCCUCGCACGCGUCCGCAGCCAUUCUGCCACCCAUCCUGUCCGAAGCACGCGGCCAAAUCCACACCUUUCAGCGCCAAGUUCAAGCAUUCACGGCGCAACUCCUGGAACUCAUCGCCCUGGCUCUGGGCCUCCCUGUCACGACGUUUACCCGGAACCAUGAUCCCGAGAGGGAGAACUUUGACAACUUCGAAUUGAUGCACUACCCGCCUGUCGCUGCGUGCGCCGGGAGUGGUGCUGGGCUUACUUCCGACGCCUCGCCCGCAUACCGCAUCUCCCCACAUACCGACUGGGGCACAUUGACUCUGCUGUUCCAGUCCGCCGUGGGGGGCCUCGAAGUCCGGCCGCCAAAAUACACGUCGGCCAGGCUUUCGUUAUCGACCGAGAAAUGGACGCCCGCGCCCGCCCUGCGCGACAAAAUCCUCGUCAAUAUAGGUGACAUGCUGGAGUUCUGGACGGCGGGCAAGCUGAAGAGUACGUGGCAUAGAGUGGUCCCUACGGCCGCAGAUGGAAGUUUGGAUAGAUAUACUUUUGCCUAUUUCUUGCAUCCGGACAAGGACUGCGUGCUGGUGCCUAUGGCUGGGAUGGAAAAGGAGGGUUGGGUGCCGAGAUAUGAGGGCGUCGGGAGGACGGCCGAGACACAUAUCCAUGCGAGGAUUCAGGCUGUCCACGGUGGGAAGAAGAAAUAUGAUGACGGCGAGCCCAUGGAAAACGCCAUGGCGGAUAUCGUGGCACGGGCAUGA